AUGUCGGCAUUCUCUGACAGUUCCUUCACAGCCGAUGACUACCAUCGGUCUCGACCUCAAUAUCCAUUGUCCUUGUUUGAAUAUAUUUACCGCUAUCAUCAAAGCCAGCAACAAAUUAAGGCUUCUCAGCAGACUCAGCAACAACAGCAACAGACUCUUGGUGUGGCGACAGACACUGGAUACUCCUCCAGUGCUUUUGGUGGCCCCGCAGAAAUUUUCAGUAGUAUCCGACAAACUACUCGCGCUUUAGAUAUUGCAUGUGGCCCUGGUGAAGCAACAGUGCCAAUGUCUCGGUAUUUUGAUGAAGUUGUUGGUCUUGAUCCCAGUGAAGUCAUGAUUCAAGCAGCUAAGCGUGCAUAUACAGUCGAGUAUCCCAAAGUGACAUUUGUCACGGGCAGCGCUGAAGAGUUUGUGAAUGAUAACACUGAUAGUUCUGACAUAUCUCUUGAAUUUAAUUUGCCUGAUACACAAAGACAUCGUGCAGAGUUUAAAGUUGUACCUAACUCUGUGGAUUUGAUUUCAGCUGCAGAGGGUGCACAUUGGUUCGAUCUUAAUCAGUUUUAUCACAAUGCAUCGCUGGCUUUGAAGCCUGGAGGAACACUUGCUAUUUGGGGUUAUGGAAAUCACAUCUAUACUGAACCCGGAAAUCCAUACCAGCUUGAAAAAGCUGCUGAAAUUCAAAAUUAUUAUCUUUACGACAAUGACCAACUUGGUCCCUACUGGCAACAACCAGGAAGAGAAAUUUUGCUUGAUCGAAUGGUUGGAUAUGAACCCCAAUCACUUUUGCAAAACCCAGACAACUUACUAACUCGGUUUUCGCAUGUUGAGCGUCACGACAACGUUGUAACAGCACGAUAUGCCAAAACGAGAAGACCAAAAAGCAUGAUUUCUGUUCCAAGUGAUGCAUUUAUUAUGCGACGAGUACUACAUUUGUUGGACAUUAUGUAUUAUUUAAAAACAUCUAGUGCAUAUCAUAAGUGGAAAGUUGCCAAUCCUAAUGCACCUUAUGACGUUAUUGAUAAAAUGAUGACAGAAGUGAAAGAGGUCACUGGAUGGAAUAACUCAACAGUUGUAACUAUUGAGUACGAUACCUUUCUAAUUUUGGCAACAAAGGAAUUUUGA